UUUACUAGCAAACAAGCAACCCGUUAUAAAAAUUUCUCAAAGCGAGUUAGCCGAAAACGAAAAUAACUCAAGUUGAAAAAAUAUACAUUUAGGAGUAAUGGAGGUUAUUCAUCGCAUGAUAGACUUCGCAUCGAGAACGUACACCGUAACGCUUAAUCGGGAGCUGUUCAUUAACGAAUGGGCCCAAGAACGCUUAUCUUUCGGUGAGCCCCUGUGGAAUUUUCUUAGCGUUCAAGUGGAGCCAAGCAACCUAUUUAACUUUUUCAUCCCGCUAUGUGGUAUCUUCAGUCAGGAGAUUGUCAUGCACCUAUGGCCAGCGGUUGUUCUAGUCAGUACACUGAACUCCUUUGAAAAGUGGAUUUUUCCGGAGAGUAGGCCACUGUGGUUUAUGAGGGAGCAGUUUGCCGAUACAAAAGCAAGCGUGAAGCCGACAGUGGCCUUGAUGAAUAAUCCAAUCAGCUACGAGACGAGCGGGGGCCUGCCCUGCUCCCAUUCGAUGGCCUUUACGGUGUUCGUUCUUAUCCUUUCCUCGUUCUUUUUUGUCCGCUGCUGGGAUCGGUUCACCGCCUGGCGUUCACCCGUUUAUCGUUGCCUGAUGUAUCCGCUGAUCUCUGGCUUGGUGGUCUGCAUGUGGCUGAGUCGCCUCUACCAUGCCACAGAGUUUCUCCACCAAUGCAUCCUGGGUAGCUAUUUUGGGAUCAGGGCUCUCAAUACCUUCGAGAACAACGUCAAGUAUUUGUACUCCCGAACACGGGGCUAUGCGGUUUCUGCUGUGUGCUUCUUGGGAGGAUUGGCGGUUGCGGUUUAUUUUGUAAAACUACAUCUCGAUAUGGAUCCCCAUUGGUCUGUGCGGCAGGGCUUUAAAUGGUGCCAGGAGCCCACUUUAAUGCGUCAUGAAUUGAGUCCGAUAUUUGCACUUGUUAGGGAUCUGGGUAAUCUUAUGGGACUGGCACUUGCAUCGCCCUUAUAUAAGCUGAAUAUGAAAGAAUCAACAUUUUUGCGCCGUUGCAAAAUCCUGGGACUUUUGGAGUUUGUUAAUUACGGAUUACGGCUUGCCACUCCAAAAAAUCACGGUCGAUUUGUAUUCUUGGCCUAUGAGUUUUCAAGAAACGUUUUGCACUCCUGCGUUCUAUUAAAGUUCGUUACCGCUUUUUACUAGAAGAAAAUAAAUCUUACGAACUUUUGUACAGACUAAAACUAAGGCAGGUUGUUAGAACUAAAUAAAAUCAAAGCAAUAUUGCUA